AUGACCAAAUUCCUUUCGACAGCUUUCCUCGCUAUCUUGGCUUUUGGGACACUUUCAGAGAUUCAAUCCGCCGUUCUUCCGGUAACAAAUACAGAAGUAGCUGUCUUAUCAUCUGAAACAAUUUCAAUAGACACUCUUGGAUCUUCGAGAGUGAAAAGAAACGGUGGUUGUGGAUGUUGUGGGUGUGGAUGUGGGUGUGCAUGUGGAGGUGGUGGAGGAUGUGGAUGUUGUUGCUGUAGACCGAAGUGCUGUUGUCGUCGUUGUUGUACCUGUUGUAGAACUUGUUGCUGUACUAGAUGUUGUACGUGUUGCCGACCAUGCUGCUGUGGAUGUGGCUGCGGAUGCGGAUGCUGUGGAUGUGGAAGAGGAGGACGGAAGCGUCGUUCUCUCCAGAAACUUCGAAUUGAUGAGGCCAAUCGUGCUCUUGGAAUCAAGAGAAUAUCAUCCAAGGCUCAAUGCUGA